UUUUUACGACUACCUCAGCUGGAUAGUCCCUGCAUUGUGAGAUAUGUGGACUUUGCAGAGGACGAGCACUUUGGUUACCUUGUUCUUCAGCUCUGUGAAUACACCCUUGAUGAAUACAUCAAAGACCACCUACCAGAGGACAAAACCYCUGUCCUGAAGAAAAUAGUGCACGAGGUGCUCWGCAGUCUAAGCGUUCUGCAUAGUCUAAACACAMAAAUUCUGCACCGGGAUAUCAAACCCCAGAAUGUUUUAAUAGAUGUUACAGGCAGAGCGAGAUUAGCCGAUUUCGGUAUAAGUCGACAAUUGAASAUGGGACAAACAACUCUACACACAAUCAGUGMAGGAACAAAAYGUUGGAAGGCCAGAGAAACUUUAGAUGAAGASAGUGGGAUCGGAUAUAAGAGGAGCACAGAUAUUCAGCAUUGGGUUUGUUGCGCUUCAUACGCAACCUUCAUGAGCACUAGUAAGACAUAUUAAUAGUUUAGUCUAAAAACAUGUACAUUCACUUUAUUUACUCUCUUACCAUUGAAGGUGGUUAAAUAUUGUGUCUCUCUCUCUCUCUGAAGCMCUGAGGACGCRGAUUCUGUUGACAYGAUGACAAURUUCCCUGAUCUCUUUGGAUGCGUCUACAAGUUUGCGAAGAAAAUGGAGUGGAAUUCAAGGARUAGUCUGAAGAAAAUGUUUCACAGAGAAGAUGUAAGAUAAUGAUUCUGACAUUUGGAAGAUUAACACYGACUAACUUCUGAAAUCUUGGUUUGACUUUUCUGUUGCCAUUUAAAUGACUCACURGUGUAAGUGUUAGAUGAUUGAUAAACUGUAAACUGAAUGUUCUUUCAAGGAAAUCAAGAGGCUACGCAGCACUUUGCCUCUGUUUGCCUACUUGGUGUUUUGGCCAUUUUCUUACAUCAUUAUAACAGUACUUAUCUUAUAAGCUUACAUGAAAUAUAUAAMAUAUUUUUAUUASAAUAUGAAAUGUAACAAUAMUUCGUAAUAUUAUUCAAUUUGCCUCAGUUUAUUCAUGGUUUGUKUACUGUAUGUAUAAUAGCAGUGACACAUASUGUACAUACAUAGACCUUCUCUGUUGAAAAGUCUUGAAACGAGCUGAAUCUAUUAAUAAAGUGUAACAUCUGAAYCAUA